AUGGAGACUGCUAGUGGCUCUGCUACUGCUGUGGCGAGCAGGGACUUGGGAUCCCAGAGGGACCGGAGCCUGGUGCCUGAGCGGCUUCAGAGUCGAGAACAUGAGCGGCAACUGGAGGUGGAAAGGCGGAAGCAAAAGCGGCAGAACCAGGAGGUGGAGGAGGAGAAGAGCGACUUUUUCGCCGCCGCCUUUUCUCGGGAGCGAUCGGCCGUGGAAGAGCUUCUGGAAGGCGGGGAGUCCGUCGAGCAGCUGGAGGAGGCGGCCGCUCGGCUGCAGGGGCUGCAGAAACUACUCAACGACUCGGUUUUGUUCCUGGCCGCCUACGACUUGCGGCAGGGGCAAGAGGUGUUGGCGCGGCUGCAGGAGGCCCUGGCCAAACGUCGCCAGGAGCUGCAGCCUAAGAAGCGUUUCGCUUUCAAGACCCGCAGGAAGGAUGCUGCUUCAGCCACCAAAGUAGAUUCGGCUCCCGGCGCCCCGGCAGCGGAAGGCAUCCCGGCCUCCCCGCCGCCCUUGAAGGAGGAGGAAGGCUUCGACUCCAGCUGGAUCUGCGGCUUCUCCAAUCUGCAGUCCCAAGUCUUGGAGAAGAGAGCCGAGGAGCUGCACCAGCGGGACGUCCUUUUGACCCAACUAAUUAGCUGCACGAUCAAACUGUAUGGCAAUCCCAACACCCUGCGGCUGACCAAGGCUCGAGGCUGCACGCUGCUCUGCGGCCCGGUGUCCACCUCCGUGUUCCUGGAGAACUGCAGUGACUGCGUGCUGGCCGUGGCCUGCCAGCAGCUCCGCGUACACACCACGAGAGACACCCGCAUCUUCCUGCAGGUGACCAGCAGGGCCAUCGUGGAGGACUGCACCGGGAUACAGUUCGCCCCGUACACCUGGAGCUACCCGGGGAUCGACAAGGACUUCGAGGGCUCUGGUUUAGACAGGAGCAGAAAUAACUGGAGCGACGUUGACGAUUUCAACUGGCUGGCCCGUGAUGUGGCCUCCCCAAACUGGAGGAUUCUUCCUGAAGAAGAGCGAAGGAUCCAGUGA